GCGUUCAGUUCAGAACACGCUAGCAUCACCCGCCCGCCCGCCUCUGACUCGCCCCCGACACGGAUCAACCCGCUAUACGUCGGCUCGUUGGCUCUCCACGUCGGCCUGCUUUGCCAAGAGCCUUGCUCCCCUUGAACUGCAUUUUUUAAUUACCAUAGGUCUGCCUCAAAGAACCGGGCAUUUCCCUAAUUUUAAGCCAACUGACGACUGAGCUUGAGCAAACGCAUUCCGCCACGAUGCCUGAAUCAAGCCAUGUUCCACUGGUUGGCUUCGGCACCUUCAAUGAAUUCCGCGACAACGACAAGGUCGCGGCUGCCGUCAAGCAUGCUAUCAAGGUUGGCUAUCGCCACUUUGACUGCGCCAAGCUUUAUGGCAAUGAGCUCGAGAUUGGCAAAGCCAUCAAUGAGUGCAUCGAUGAAGGUUUGGUCAAGCGAGAGGAAUUGUUCAUUGUCACCAAGCUGUGGAAUGACGAUCACCGACCAGACCGCGUCCGCGAAUCAUGCGCUGGUAGCCUCAAGCGCCUGGGACUGGAUUAUCUCGACUGCUUCAUGAUUCAUUGGCCCUCGCCUUGGGUGCCUGGCGCUGCGCUUGCUGACGCGGAGCAUGGAGGAACCCACAACUACAAACCCGAUAGCACCGUGACCAUGCGUGACACCUGGACGGCCCUCGAGGGCCUGGUCGAGGAGGGCAAGAUCAAAAGCAUUGGCGUGUCCAAUUUCUGCAUUCGCCUGCUCAAGGAUUUGCUGAGCUACUGCAAGAUCCGCCCCAUCGCGAAUGAGGUCGAGCUGCAUCCGUAUCACAGCAAUUACAACCUCGUGCGCUUCUGCCAGGAGCACGAUAUCCACGUGACGGCCUACUCGCCCCUCGGCAAGAUUGGCUACCGUCAACCUGGCGACCCCUCCCUGAUCGAGGAUCCCGUCCUCCAGGAAAUCGGUGCCAAGCACAACAAGUCAGCUGCCCAAGUUGCUUUGCGCUGGAACGUUCAACGCGGCGUGGGCGUCAUUCCCAAGUCCUUGACCCCAAGUCGGAUUGAACAAAACUUUGACAUUGACUUUGAGCUCAGUGAUGAAGAGAUGAAGCGCAUUGACGGUCUCAACAAGAAUCAUCGCUUCGUC